AUGGCUCAGGCUGCCCUUAAAAUCUCUUUGAGAAAAAAAUUUGAUGGAAUGCUGUUUGGAGAUCUGGCAGAACUGGCCGACAAAGCAUCCAAAUAUGAGGAACUGCUUAGGGAAGAACAACAAAGGAGGAACUCCUCCAAAGGUACCUACUACAAGACCCCUUCUUCUUCAGUCCACCUAGUUGAGGUAGAAUCAGAAGAUGAAGCAGAGGAGUCGAAGGAAAGAGAGAUUGUAGUGGUAGAGAUGGCAAAAUUUAAACAUCCCAUCAGCUGCAAGGCCCUUACAAAGCCACUAAAGGAUCAGAAGCCGCCACCAUUCAUAGGAGGGUUUGUUCCAAACAAACCAACACAAAACAAGGUUUAUUCCUUUAUUUAA